AUGCCAUCUUUCUACAACACUGGCCUUCCGGCCUUUCCCCUUACCCCCCCUCAUAUCACCGGUGCCGGCAGGAUGGAGAACGAGCCCCCGUUCUACGUCCUUGGUCACUCGGCCGCCUUCCCGCCCCGUUACUCCCAGAACGGCUGUGAAUUCAUCGAACAAUACUCCCAGCAGUCAUCUUGCUACGGCAAGCCCCCGAUGAACCACCAACAGCCAAUGCCUUCGAUGCGUACAGGGAGAGACAUGACCGCGUUAAGUCAACCCAUGUUCGGUCCCAUGCACGCUGCCAAUGUACUGCCCCCAAUCCGCAACAACGUCCAGUUGCCCCCGAUGGACCGUGCCGUUCCUCCGCAGUAUCGCCGAAAAGAGCCGAUCGCCCAACCCGAGCAGCCCCGAAAAGAAGAGAAGGCUACCGGAGGCGUUGCCGCUUACCUAGACUAUGAGAUGGAACAGAUGGCCGACUUCGUGGCUGAGAUGGCCCAGGGAAUCGUCUACCCAGGAUCAUCUGUGCCCCCGCAGUUCCGGAAAUACGUUCUUCAAAUUCUGUCGUCGACUCGUCUCCCAAGCGCUACCAUCCUCUUGGGUCUUUACUACCUCUCUUGUCGGAUGCGUAUGCUUUCUUCCGCCAAGGUUUACACCGCCGGCAGUGGCCAGGUUUACCGCAUGCUUACGGUCGCUUUGCUUCUGGGAAGCAAGUUCUUGGAUGAUAACACUUUCCAGAACAAAUCCUGGGCCGAAGUUAGCAAUAUUCCUGUGAGUGAGUUGAACUCCAUGGAGCUCGAAUGGCUCUUUGCCUUCGAAUGGAAGAUCCACGAUCGCAUCUAUGACAAACAGGAUGGGUUCAAGUCGUGGCGCUCUCACUGGGAGAAGUGGUGUACCAAGUCUUCCCUCAAAACUCAAGAGCCUCGACACACCCUCGCUCCGAUUAACACCAACAUCUCUCGAAGCAACCGGGUUUCGAAGCCUCUUCUCUCUCCUGAAGGUCCAAUUCCUCCGCAGUACCAGCGGAGCACACAGUACGAAAACUCUUGGCUCAACCCAGCAGCUUCAGAGUAUUCGCCGCCUUCUGCCCCUCACAGCGGCCCGACCACUCCGGACUACUACUCCGUGGGCCCGUGGGCGUACUCGAACCCUCCACCACCAUACUCGAGCACCUGGAUGCCUCAGCAACAGUAUCUACCACCGCCGCGAUCACAGCCGCCAUCCUACCACCACACUCCGUCUUACGGGUUCCCCUACCCGCACGGUGGUUGGGCAACCGGCCAUGGCUCAUCGUGUGGUUGCCCAUAUUGCGCUAAGAGCAUGGAACACUACAUGUGCGCCAAUCUAGUCGGCUCGAUGCAACCCAUCCUCGCGGCUUGA